GUUUGAUGCUAUUCCACUAGAGUCCGCAACAGUAGUUUGUGGUUCGUCCUCUUUGCCCUUGAUGUAAGGCAAGAUCACCUGCUAGAAGUGUUACAAGAGAAUAUUAGUGUGAUCUAUUAUUGUAAAAUCCAGUGUCAAAAAUGACUACAUACUUCAACUACCCUUCACCCGCUCUGCAGGAGGAGCUGUCCAAGAUUGCCAAUGCAAUUGUAGCACCUGGAAAGGGCAUUCUUGCUGCUGAUGAAUCUACUGCUACCAUUGGCAAGCGUUUUGCUGACAUAGGCAUAGAGAACACCGAUGAAAACCGUCGCCACUACAGACAGCUCUUGUUUACUACGGACAAGGUGGUGGCAGAGAACGUCUCUGGCGUGAUUCUUUUCCAUGAGACGCUGUACCAGAAGGCUGAUGAUGGAACACCAUUUGUGGAACUGCUGAAACAGAAGGGAAUCAUCCCCGGCAUCAAAGUUGAUAAGGGUGUUGUUCCUCUCUUUGGAUCUGAGGAUGAAUGCACCACACAAGGACUGGAUGAUCUGGCCCAGCAUUGUGCACAGUACAAGAAAGAUGGCUGCCACUUUGCCAAGUGGCGCUGUGUGCUGAAGAUCAAGCAUAACACUCCAUCAUAUCAGGCCAUUCUGGAGAAUGCCAACGUUCUGGCACGCUAUGCUUCUAUCUGCCAGGCAAAUCGUAUUGUGCCCAUUGUAGAACCUGAGGUUUUGCCUGAUGGAGAUCAUGACCUUGAUCGUGCACAGAAAGUCACUGAAACUGUCCUGGCUGCAGUAUACAAGGCCUUAAAUGACCACCAUGUGUUCCUGGAAGGCACACUGUUGAAGCCAAACAUGGUGACUGCUGGUCAAUCAAAUACCACCAAGUAUACUGCCCAGGAUAUUGCAGCUGCCACUGUGACAGCUCUAAACAGGACCGUGCCAGCUGCUGUAGCAGGUAUCACAUUUCUGUCUGGUGGGCAGUCUGAAGAGGAAGCUUCUGUCAACCUUGAUGCUAUCAACAAGUACAGUGGCAAGAAACCCUGGCCCCUCACCUUCAGUUAUGGACGUGCCUUGCAGGCAUCAGUGCUUCGAGCAUGGGGAGGGAAGCCGGACAAUGUGAAGGCUGCACAGAGUGAACUCAUCAAGCGAGCCAAGGCUAAUGGAUUGGCUUGUCAAGCCAAAUAUGUGGCUGGAUCUGUCAAGAACAUCGCUGCAGUUGAUUCCAACUUUGUCAAAAAUCACUCUUACUAGAUCAUCACUAGUUUGCACUGACUUUCCUCCUCUAGAACUCAUGGCUAAUGGACUGGCUGCCAAAGGUCAAUACCAGGCAGGCAGCGUACAGGGACAAGCUGGAGACCAGGGAUUGUUCAUAAAAGAUCACAACUACUAAGAACUGGUCCACAGCUUUAGUCAAUGACACAAUCCUCUCUAGCAUCACCAGGAAUUCACCAACCAGGACAAAUUAAACUGGCUCCAAACCCAUACUAAAAGUAACACAUCAUUUUAAUGUAUGCUGCAGUGGAUUUCAAAAAUAUGCAAGAAUUAACAACAACAGCAAACAGGUAUAAUUUAUGAUGGCUAUAACAGUAAACAUUACAGAUAAGAGUCAAAUACUAAAGGAGUUAGAUUUUGUGUUUGUUUUUAAUAUCUUGCUUUAGUUUCCAAACAGUGAUCUUACUUAAUCAUUGGUACAUUUUUAUUAAGUUUACUUUUCAGAACUGUUGAUGUUUCAAAAUUUUAAAUAAUUUAUUAGCUGGAAAACAUUUAUCAAACUAAUCAAAUAUGUUCUCUUGGUUCAAGUUUGAAAUAAGUAUUUUUUGUUUCUAACAAAUUUUUGACUAUAAGUGAAAGAUUUUUUACACUUUCUUUGGAAAUCAUGAAAUUAUGUUUCCUCAUGACUGGAACCAAACAAGAUUCUGGGAUGCAAUAUUGUCACAUCCAGUCAGUUAAACUGAAUUCAGUGUUUGUCAGACAUUAUCUUAAUGUAUCAGUAAUUGCAUAGCUGAGCCACAGUUUAAGAAAUUCAUAUUCAGGAAGUGAGAGAAUUAAGAAAGCAACAUUAAAAAAUACUUUUUCUUCUUCUUUUAGAUGAUUAUAAUUAAGUAAUGAAAUCAGUGUUAAAGUAAGUCCAGUUUUAGCUUAAAUGUAGUCAUGUGGUCUUAAACCAAAUGAUCCUACACAUUGUGAUUUGCUGUUGUGAUCAGUUAAGACAAGAAAAAAUAUUAGUGAGACAUGUGUUGUAAUUACUGUAAGACAAAUGUAACUAGAUUCCAGAUCUGUAAUUCACUUUAUUCUCCUUGUUGUUUAACUGUUAAAAAUGAAGAAUGGGAGACAGAAAUGCAGGAUCUUAAAAAAAUUAUUAUAUGUGUGUGUGUAUAUAUAUUUCUUCAUUUAGUGUUUUCUGUACGUACCCCACUCAAUGCUUAAUCAACUACUGAUACAAAGUAAGUGUAUAAAAUCAGAUUAUAUCCAUGUAAAGUCACCAAUUGUAAAUGCUGUGUGGAGGAAGUAAUAAAACCAUCAUUAUCAACACCAAUUAAUGUUUGAAAAUUAAA